GGUGGAUCUCGAAGGGGAAGAAAGUUGUCGCAGACUGCCGAAGCAAAGGCAACGAGAGAGAGAUUGAAGAAGAGAAGAGCCAAUCAUCUUCGCCAUUUGUCCUGCUCUUCACGAUAUCCCAAGCUUUUUCCUCUCCAGAGAAUUCCAGAUCAGAAGGAAACCCGUGGUUUCGAUAGUUGCGGUUGUUGUUUUGGUGGUGGAGAGGUGAGAGGAGAUGGCGCAGGAGCGGGAAGGUGCGGCGGUUGAGAGCAGCGAGCAGAAGGAUUCCGGCGUCGCUACGCCGGCAGACGGCGGCGGAGGCGGGAAGAAGAAGCGUAAGGGGUUCUUUUCGCGCCUUUGGAAUGGAAUAUUUAGGGCUAGAGGCGAUGAUUUCGAGAAGAGACUUCAAUACAUAUCCAGGGAGGAAGCGACGGUUCUGUCACGGAUGAAGCGCCGAUCGCAAACUUGGAGGAAACUCACUAGAAACCUCAUCGUUUUCUCCAUCAUCUUUGAGGUUAUUGCAGUGGGUUAUGCGAUCAUGACAACCAGAAAGGAGGACAUGGACUGGAAAAUGAGGACUUUCAGGAUCUUGCCGAUGUUUCUUUUACCUGCUCUGUCUUCUCUUGCUUAUUCCUCAAUCGUCAGCUUCUCAAGGAUGUGUGACCGCAGAGAUCAGAAGACCUUGGAAAAGCUUCGAGCAGAAAGGCAGGCCAAGAUUGACGAACUGAAAGAGAGGACCAAUUACUACACCACACAACAACUUAUUCAGAGGUAUGACCCCGACCCGGCUGCUAAGGCAGCUGCUGCAACAGUCCUGGCAUCCAAGUUAGGUGCAGAUUCAGGCUUGAAAGUAUUUGUAGGAGAUGAAUCCCAACUCGAUCCGUCGGUAGGCAAGAGCCACGACAUGGAGGUCAUGCAAUCACGAGGGCUCAGACAUCGGAAACAACCUAACACGAGACCCAACAGUACUGGGAGCACACCUCCAGCUCAUCAUUCAGACAAUGAGUCCCCUCAUUCUGGGACAAGCGAGAGAAUUUCAGGCUCGGACCAGAACCAGCAGAUGGUGGUUGAGCACUUCAGUUCUCAGGGAUACGCUGCUCACGACGGAAGUUGGAUCUCGAGAAUCGCAGCUCUUCUCGUGGGCGAGGAUCCAACCCAGUCAUAUGCUCUUAUCUGUGGCAAUUGUCAUAUGCAUAACGGACUUGCCCGGAAAGAGGACUUCCCCUACAUUACAUACUACUGUCCUCACUGUCAGGCCCUGAACAGGCCGAAGAACCAUUCUGAAGAUUAUCAUGCUUCAGCUACUCGACCAGAGACCGUCAUGGGCAUGGACUCAUUGAGAGCAACGGAAAGCGAAGGGAUCGAAAAUAGCGGCUGCCCCCCGAGCGAAGGCGGCAGCCCAGUGGUGAACGCUGCAGAGAUCAAGGAGGAAGAAGCUGCAACUGCAAGUGCACCUUCGAGCUGACCUGACAAUGAUCUGGGCGUAAAACGCAGCGUUUUGGAUGAGCGAGUACGCGCAAAAAGAGAUUGUGAAUGUGAUUUGUGAUUUUUCAGGCAACUUUCGCUGAGAAGACGAAGUCGAAGUCUGUUUUUUUUUUUUUUUGUGAUGAAAGGGGUUACUACAAGAACUCGUACGGUUAUAUAUGUGCUAAUGUGCGUUGCUGUUUACAAUUUUGGUGGUUCUCUAAUCUCAGACAACAUUUUUUUUAUUAAAUUUUUGUUGUUGAGACAAA